AUGGGGGAUCAGGUCCUGCAGGCUGUCGUGCUGCACAGUGCAGCCUUCAUCAGCCACACCUAUGGAGACUUGGCAUAUACCUACGCCAACAGCCAUGGCAGCUGA